GUUUAGAAUCAUCUAAUUAUUUUAUAUUCAUUUUAAAAAAACUGUACUUGGAUCAACUGUAUAGGUUAUGUGAAAGACAAUAAAAAAACUCACUUUUAUAUAACUUUUUAACAAGUGGUUAGUCAAAGAGUAAAAUAUAAGCAUCUAAUCCACUAGAAUAAUUCUGAAUAUAAUGUCAUAUGACUUAAGAAUUUUUAUCUAUAUAUGUACUCACCAAGAUAUCGUAUAUGCUGAUGAAACACAAUGUUCAUAGAUAGCUUAUCAUUUAUUAUACACGAUUUAGUUUUACAUUCUAUUAGUUCUACGUUCAUGCAGUAUUUAAAAAAUUUAAUCAAAUAUUUUUUUUGUGACUAAUUGUCGAAAGAAUUCUUGUUUAUUUUAACAACCUCAACCUAAUCUUAAAUUGUUUAUUGAAUUUUUAAAAUUUUCCAAAGAAUGGCUCAAAGUCCAUUAAAUCCUUUUCCAACUCCGUCUUUGUUGUCUUUAGCUAGUAGUGAAUUAUAUCAUAGAAGGAUGUUGAAUUCUAAAGAAGAUUUCAUACAAAAACGUAGUUCCAUUACUAUUAAUACAAUCAAUAAUAGUGUCGAUAGACAAUCAGAAGAUAUGUUAAGUGUUGUUGAUUAUGAAGAAUUAGAGUGGCAAGAAUCUGCAGCUUCUUCUCCAGCUCCUACUAGUAUCCUUAACUUUUAUGAUGUCGAUAAUCCUGUUUCUCGAUCAAAUGCCAGAAAAUCUGGAAUUACCGGGAUGUCUUUGGAUAACAUGUUUUGUUCCCGAUGUCGGGAAGGAUUUGAAGCACAUGAAAAAAUAGUUAAUUCUCAUGGAGAACUAUGGCAUCCUCAAUGUUUUGUUUGUGCCCAGUGCUUUAGACCAUUCCCAGAAGGAAUUUUCUACGAAUUCGAAGGAAGAAAGUAUUGUGAACAUGAUUUUCAUGUUUUAUUUGCUCCUUGUUGUGGACGAUGUGGAGAAUUUGUAAUUGGUCGAGUAAUAAAAGCAAUGAAUGCAAACUGGCAUCCAGGAUGUUUUCGAUGUGAAGAAUGCAAUGGUGAAUUAGCUGAUGCAGGUUUCAUUAAAUGUCAGGGUAGAGCUUUGUGUCACACUUGUAAUGCUCGUGUCAAAGCAGGAGCACUUGGAAAACAUAUAUGUCAUCAAUGCCAUGGCGUAAUUGAUGAUAAACCUUUACGAUUUCGUGGUGAAGUUUAUCAUCCUUAUCAUUUCAAUUGUACUGCGUGUGGUAUAGAAUUGAAUUCAGAUGCUAGAGAAGUUAGAUCGAGACCUGGAUAUGCAGCCAAUGAAAUGAAUGAACUCUAUUGCCUAAGGUGUCAUGAUAAAAUGGGUAUUCCAAUCUGUGGAGCGUGUCGACGUCCCAUAGAGGAAAGAGUUGUUACUGCAUUAGGCAAGCAUUGGCAUGUUGAACAUUUUGUAUGUGCUAAAUGUGAAAAACCCUUUUUGGGUCAUCGGCAUUACGAAAAAAAAGGUUUAGCGUACUGUGAAACUCAUUAUCACCAAUUGUUUGGUAAUCUUUGCUUCGUCUGCAAUCAAGUUAUAGCUGGUGAUGUUUUUACUGCUCUCAAUAAAGCCUGGUGUGUUCAUCACUUCGCGUGUGCUUUUUGUGACCAAAAAAUGAACCAAAAGACAAAAUUUUAUGAAUUUGAUCUACGACCAGCCUGCAAGAAGUGUUAUGACAAAUUUCCUCAAGAACUUAAAAAGAGAAUGCGUCGAAUGUAUGACCUCAGCCCUAAGAGAUUGCCAGCGAAUUGAUUGAUAUUUCAAUCUUGCCAUUAUGAAAUAUUUUAAAUAACCAAAGUAAUGAAUAAUUAAUAUUGUAUGGAGAUAUUUUAUGGAAUCUCAACUAAUUUUCAUAUUUUUAAUGUGAAUGUCAAUCAAUUAGUCAAUUAACUACUGACAAGGUAUAUCGUAAUAUCUAAUUUUUAAUUUACGCCUUUAUAAUUUAUAUAAAGAACAGAAAAAUAAUUGAGUGUAAAGUGCCUUAAAAAAUAACU